GAAAUACAAACCGACCGGGUGACGACGUCACCGGUAAUGUUCCGGCGGAAGCAAACAAAUGCAUUCCCACCAAGCGGCAACAACCCAUUGUCACCUUCCUAUCUUCCUCAUCUCCUCGUCGUUAUCUCCCUGUCCAAAGACUUUUCAACUGUUCAACAAUCCCCACGCUGAAUGGAUCAAUCAUGACUAGCUCCGAACUCCGCUAUCAAGUUAUCAAUAUCUACAAAGAGCUCCUUUUCCUCGGCCGCAAUUAUCCUCUGGGCUACGACUACUUCCGGAACAGGCUACACAAGGCAUUUAGCAGUCAGGCACAUCUGGAUAAUGAAGAGCAGAUUCGGAAAGGUAUAGCACGAGCGGAGUUCGUCAAGAAGGAAAUCGAGGCUCUCUACCUGUCCACUUAUCCCUCCCCCAAAUCCGAUGCGGUUGAUCAUAUUCUCUUGAUAAUUCCUAUGGAUCUACUACCUCAAGCGGUAUCGCACGUUGAAACAGCGCUAUGAGAACAAAUAGCACCCAACCAUCGCAGCCAACACACGUCGCAGCAAAAAUUAUACAGAAAUGAAUAUCAUGGCAAUUUGAACCAAAAAGACAAAGAGAGAAACGUGGGGGUAU